AUGGCUACUGUUCGGGUUGGAAUCGGCUGCUUUGUCAUCAAGAGAGUCAACGGCAAGGCGUACUUUUUGCUUGGCAAGCGGCAGGGCAGCCACGGGUCGGGCUGCUGGGGUCUCCCUGGCGGCCAUCUCGACAUGGGCGAGGAGUGGAGCACAUGCGCUGCACGGGAAACGUUCGAGGAGUGCGGCAUCCAGACUGACAGCAUAGCGUAUCGUGAGGCUACCAACGACGUCUUUGGGCCGGAUCUCCACUACAUCACGCUAUUCCACUCGUGUGAGGUAUCCAAGGAGUAUCAAGGCAGGCCUGUGCGGCGCAUGGAGCCAAACAAGUGCCUGCAAUGGAUCUGGGUCAGCUGGCAAGAGUUUAUGAGCAACCGCGCACUACUACGCGAUGCUUGCACGGACAACUGCUUUGAGGCGAUAGACACCCCUGAGGUGGUCAAUCUGGAGGCACUGUUCUUGCCGCUGCAGAAUCUCAAGAAGAAGCUCCAGUUCAGCAGUGAUCCGCCAUCCUGGCUAAACUGA